AUGGCGAGCGUGCUGUCCAGGCGCCUGGGGAAGCGCUCCCUGCUAGGCACCCGCGUCUCUGCCCCCAGCGCCUUGGCCGAGGGGGUGCUGGUGGCCACCCAGAUCCCCGGCUUGCAGACCAACCUCAGCCGGGCGUCUGCCCACACAGCGCCACGAGAGGACGGAUCUUGUGCACCGUCGAUGGAGGAGAGCAGCCAGGCACCCAGGUUCCCCAGCCCCGGCUGCCAGCAGCUCUGCGCCGGGCAGCAAGUCGUCGUCACCUACAACGGGCAGGAGUGCGCCGGCCUCGUGGAGCAGCACAACCCGCUGAGCGACAAGGUGAAGGUGCUGCUGCCGGAGCAGGGCUUGCAGGCGUGCUGGAGGGUGCAGGACAUCCCUACUGAGGCGCUGCAGAGAUCCGUAUCCAGCAAUAUCGAUGUACCCAAGAGGAAAGCCGAUGCCGCCGUGGAGAUGGACGAGAUGGUGGCAGCCAUGGUGCUGACGAGCCUCUCCUGCAGCCCUGUGGUGCAGAGCCCUCCCGCUGGCGAGAGCAGCAUCCCCCCCUCACGGGCAGCGUGCGAUCCCUGGAAGGAGAGCGGCGACGUCUCGGACAGCGGCAGCAGCACCACCAGCGGGCACUGGAGUGGGGGCAGCGACAUCUCCGCCCCUUCGCCCCCCCACCCCGCAGGCAGCCCCAAGUACUCCAGCGAGGCCCUGAGCUCCCCCCAGGCAGACGACGGCUUCGAGACCGAUUCCGAUCCCUUUCUCCUCGAUGAACCCGCUCCGCGCAAGAGAAAGAACUCGGUGAAGGUGAUGUACAAGUGCCUGUGGCCGAGCUGCGGCAAGGUCCUGCGCUCCAUCGUCGGCAUCAAGCGGCACGUCAAGACCCAGCACCUCGGGGACGGUGCAGACUCCGACCAGCGGAAGCGGGAGGAGGAUUUCUACUACACCGAAGUGCAGGUGAAGGAAGAGCCAGCGCCGGAGGCGGCUGCCGCCACCAGCCCCACAUCCGCGUCCGCCCCCAUCAUCAUCCAGCAAGCCCUGGCGAAGCCGGAGGCGCUGCUGGUGGAGCAGCCGGCGCUGGAGCCCGCCCUGGCCAACAGCGCCCUGAGCCAGUCUGCCCCCAGCUCCUUCUGGCACAUCCAGGCUGAUCACGCCUACCAGGCGUUGCCCUCGAUCCAAAUUCCAGUGUCCCCCCACAUCUUCACCAGCAUCAGCUGGGCCACUGCCACCUCGACUCUCCCCUCCCUGUCACCGGUGCGGAGCCGAUCGCUCAGCUUCAGCGAACCCCAGCCACCGACGCCGAUGCUCAAGUCCCACCUGAUCGUCGCCUCGCCGCCCAGGGUGUCCAUCGGCACCAGGAAAGUCCGCGGUGAAGCCAAAAAGUGCCGUAAGGUCUAUGGCAUCGAGCACCGGGACCAGUGGUGCACAGCCUGUCGGUGGAAAAAAGCCUGCCAGCGCUUCCUGGACUGA